AUGCCUAUGCCCACUAACGACGACUAUACACCUAAAGGCACGCUUUUCGAAGAGCCUGUCAUCUAUAUAAGCAAGGUGCCAUACAGUAUGACCAACAUCGAACUCCAAGAGAUUCUCAAAGUCGAAAACACUCCCCAAGUCGACCUUAAACCUGGAAAUAUGGCCCCUUCAAGCGGCGUCGUUCGAUUUGCCACCAUAAAUGAAGCUGAGAGAGCAUUUGCCUUUUACAACAACAUUUCCCUCGAAGCGAAGAACGUUCUUAAAUUCCAUAUCAAAGAUCCCAGCAGCGGAUCAGAUAUUCUACCAAACGCACAAAUUUUACUAGUAAAGCAACUGCCUAAUACGAUAAAUAUAAACGAAUUGUAUGAUCUUUUCAGAAACUAUGGCCCUUUAUAUUCGUGCAAGCUUAUUCAUGACAAGAACGGUAUGUUCAGAGGCCAAGCUCAUGUGCAUUUCUUUGAAGAAUCGGCUGCGGCCGAAGCAGUGAAGACUCUGCAUUGUAGCGAUUAUAACGGGAGGACCCUUGCGAUCACAAAUUUCACUCCUCGCAAGAACAUGAACCAUCAACGUUCAUCCUCCGUUAAUAGUGUCAAUAGCGUCACCGCAACCAAUAACAACAAUAAUGGUUCUAACCCCAUAAUUUCUACUAAUUACCAGAAUAAUAACCAACUACCUCAGUCACCUAAUACAGAAGGUCCGAUUGUUGAUCCAUGCAAUCUCUUCAUCAAGAAUCUCGACGCCAACAUUUCAAGCAGCGAUCUUUUCAACCAUUUCCGCAAGUUUGGUCGCAUAAUUAGCGCUCGCGUGAUGCGCGACCAAGAAACCGGAAACUCGAAAGGUUUUGGUUUUGUGAGUUACACUAACCCAGAAGAGGCCGAACGAGCAAAGUCGUCAAUGAACAACAAAACUCUAGGCUCUAAACAAAUUGUAGUUAGACUUCAUGAACCAAAAAAAUUGCGGGAGACGAAACCAACUUUUAAUGGACCAGCGUCUCCAACGGAAUCGCGCGCACCGUCAAGAAGAAACUCUGAAAUUUAUACGGUUAAUGCCUACAAUGAAUUUAACCAGGAAGAGUUAUCUGAUUUGGCUCCUAAAGCGAGAAGAGAGGUGUUGAUGUCUGAAUUGCAAAAGAGAUUCAGGCAUAUCCCGAGCAUACCUUUAGAGGAGGUUAAUCCAAUCAUCGAUAUCUUGUUGGCUUACAAACUUCCAGAAGUAUUGCAUAUGUUUGAGGACCCUCAGGCAUUGCAACAAAAGAUUACAGAAGCACGCCAGCAGCUUAAAGGCAAAAACCGCCGUGGUUCAGAUGAGAACACUAGCGUAUCUACAACCCCGCAUAUGCCAUCUGUAAUUACGCCUAUCAUUCCUGCUUCUCCGAUGGCUUCACUCGUUCCUGUACCUGAGCGUGAGAAAUUCCUUCGUGCAAUUAGAAAAUUCAACCCUCGUCACAGUCAAGAAGUACUCGACUUGAUCAUGAGCUUAUCCAAGAAAGAGCGGUCUCUGUGCUACUUCAACUCGGAAUAUCUGGAUAAGAAAAUUGUAGAAGCAAUCGCUGCUUUGGAGUUUACACAGGACGACGAUUCCGUGAUGACACC